AGGCGCCCGCUGCCGCCCAGAAGGGGAUCCGCUUGAAGGUGCCGAGCGAUCCGAAUCCGGAUCGAGUCCCGGAGCGGCAGCGAUGAGCGUGCGGCUGCUGCGUUACCUGUUGCUGGAUUUGCUGGGCUUCUGGUGCCCGGUGCUGGACCGCAUGGCCCAGGCUAAAGCCGGACGGCAGCUCGGCCCGCUCCUGCUGGGCUCCAGCUCCAACAGCUCGGGCGCCCUGGAGCUGCCGGCCACCCCAGACCGCUGCCGGGGUUACUUCGAUGUGAUGGGUCAGUUUGACGCAGCGUUCAGUUGCAACACGAGUAUUUACCAGUACUGCUGCGGGACAUGCGGGUACAGGUACUGCUGCCAGUUUAAAGAGUCCCGCCUGGAUCAGAGCAUCUGCUCCAACUACGACACCCCGAACUGGGCGAACGUGGGGAAGCCACCGCAGAGACCGGACGAAACUGCGUUUGUCCAGACCCGAGAUAAAACCAAUUUGAUCGUCUACUUCAUCUGUGGCGUGGUCGCCAUCAUGGUGCUGGUGGGGAUCUUCACCAAACUGGGCUUGGAGAAAUCUCAGAGGCCCCAGAGGGAGCUCAACUCCAGGGCCCUGACUGAUGUUCUGAAACAACAGGGUCAGUCUACCAGCAAUCAUGUUGAAAGAGAUGGGAAGGUAGCAAUUCAUGUGCAACAUGAAAGCAUGCAGCCAACAAGUUCCAGGAGCACCUUUGACCAGACGCAGAUGAAUAACGCGGGACCGACCUACCCUCUGAUCUCGCAGAUGCCCCAACCUCAUUCCUACCCCACUCUGGGCCAAGGCUCGCAUUCCUUCGAGCAGCAAGUCCCAGGCAAGGAGCUGAAUAAGUAUGCCUCGUUAAAACUCGUGGCUGAGAAAGCGAACGACGACUUCUUUGCGAAGCGCCAGCAUUUCGCGGAGCUGGCUUCGAAGGGGAGCUUGCCCCUGCACCCCGUGCAGAUGCCAAUGCAGCACGAGGACCUGGUACACGGCUCGAACACCUACAACCCCAGGCUGACGGGCCAGAGGAACAAAAUGACCAAGAUGCACACACACCCGCUGGUCUUCGACGCUGAGUACAAGACCUGGGACCCAAGCGACACAACCGCCCGAAGGCAAACCUAUGCUACCAAGAGACCGUGCACAGUGGGUCCGCUGAUAGAGAAAACCAGCCCUCAGCCACAGCAUUACACAGCACCACAGCCAUACUUUGUAACCAACAGCAAAACAGAAGUGACUGUGUGAUGAUGAGCAUCCUUUCUGUUUCCUGGAUCGGAAAAGGAAAAGGAGAUUGUCAUUCCCAAGAACUACCUGACUGAGAACUGAACUACUUUGGGAUCAACUCAUUGCCGUUGUUUAAUCCAAUUGGAUUGGACUAAAGUGAAUCUAAAGUCUGCAAAAUGAGCAAUACACAUCGAAGGUUUAAUAAUGGUGGGCUUUGUGUUCAUGGACACACACACACACACACAGACACACACACACACACACACACAAAUUCCAACAAAAAAAAGUGAUUUUCUUUAAAACAGAAAUGAUCAACUGUGAAUGAAUUCGCUUUGGGUUUUUGGUUCUUGACGGUCAUUGAGACAAGGAAUCACUUGUGGGAAUGUUUAAAAAAAUGGGGAGCAUGUUUUAUUGUCAUUUUAUAACUUCCUCAACAAAUUUGGAUAAGGAAGGGUGUGGAUAAAACAGACCCCCAUCUUAACUGGUGAUCCUUCUGGUCAGCUUCAAAACGCUACGCUGGCCUCAGUCCUGCUGGGAAGGAUGGGUAAUGUAAGUUGUGCCUUCAUUCUGGAUAACGAUGCUGUACGCAGGUAGUCCCAAAUACUCUCCAUCUCUCUUCUCAAUCCCUGUUGAUGUUGCUUCCAGUGCUGUGCUGUGGGAAAGAGGCCAAAUUAACACCAGUACAGAUCAGCGGGUCCACCAGCCCUGGUGGGCUUUCUCUGUCAGCAAAAUGAUGAUGACCUUUCUGUGUCCUUCUCUCUCUCAGACCAAUGGUGAGGGCCUAUGAUAGGAAACGAAAAGGAGGAGGAUGUGGGUUUGGAAUAAACAUCCACCACAUUCCAUUUCACUUCCAAAGGGAAUCCAAAACCUUCUUUGACUCACACACCAUCAGCUUUUGUUACUGUGUGGAAAGGGAACAAAAGCCCUCUUUUUUAGUGUCGUGUAACGAGCAUCUGAUGGUAAAUGUCAGCGCUGGGAGCAGCUAGUUUUCACUCUUUGUAGGUUGGUUCAGCUGGAUUUCUCACACCCAGCUGCUUGCUGGAUAGUCCCUUUGACACAGCAAAUGGGGCCGAUGGCUGUACAAUGUCUACUUCAGAAACUAAUGAGCUUUACUUAGUUAUCAUGAUACCUUAGCUUGAAAUCUUAAAUUCCAUUCUGUAAAAAGUAUAUACUUCAGUCUUUGUGAUCCACGUAACCAGUCAGAUUCACUGAUUGCUCCUAGGGGUUGAUUUUUAGGCUCAAGGACUUUAUGAACAGUAGAAACCACUUUAAUUCAUUUCUCAAUACUCUACUGUAUUAUACAGGAAACACUUUUAGCAGGUCCUGUGACAGACUGCAGUGUUCCCCAGUUAAUGUCUCCCAGUAUUCCCGCUGCUUCAAAUGAGAAGUUAGGGCUAGAGCACUUUGCAGAUUCAUACUAGCUUCUCACACUGAUGGGAAAUGUGGGAUUAGUGAUUUAAACGUGGGAUUCGUGAUUGAUGACCCACUGUUCGAUGCCUGCAAAGUUAUUCCAAAAACAAAUAAGCAGAAGAAAAUCAAAAAGUCAACAAAGUGAUUUCCUUUUAAAACACAGGGACUGAUUUCACAGAAUCGCAGUAUUGUUACAGAGCAGAAGGAGACCAUUCGGCCCAUCAUACCUGCACUCGUUCUGUCCCCUGGAGCCAAUUAUCUGCCUCUCCUUGCACUGUAUUUCCAUCCAACUAACCAUCUAAUGCCCCUCAUCACUGCCUCCAUUAAAUCUGCCGUCUCUACAUUUCCAGUGUAUUCCACACCCUAACCCCUCACUGGGUGAAAAUAUGUUUUUUUCUCAUGUCACCCUUGCUUCGUUUGUGCAUCACGUUAAACCUAUGCCCCCUCGUUCUUGUUUCAUUGAUGAGCUUCUCCCUAUCGCACUGUAUUCCGAUCUGCUCGUGAUUUUAUUAGAUCUCUUCCCUGCCUUUUCUUCACCAGUGAGAACUUCCCCAACUUCUUCAGUCUGAUUUUUUUAGGAUUUCAGGAGCUACUGAGGUGUAUGUUGGAGAAGGAAAUUACUCAUGAUAUUCCUCUCUCUCUUUCCCUCCCUCUCUCUCUCUCUCUCUCUCCCCCUCCUUCCUUCUAUUCCUCCCUCACUCACUCUCUUUCUCCCUCUCACCCCCUCUCACUCUCUCUUUCGCCCUCCCACUCUCUCACCCUCCCUCUCUGUCUCAUCCCUUUCUAUCUCCCUCCCUCUGUCCCCCCUCCCUCCCUCUCUCUCUAUCUCUCUCUCUUUCUCUCCCCAUUUCUCUCACCCUCUCUCUGUCAUUGUCUCUCUCUCUCUCCCCCUCUCUCUCUCCUUCUCUCUGUCUCUCUCUCUCUCUCUCUCCCACUCUGUUUGUCUCCCUCCUGAUCAAUUCUCCCAUUGCACCCAAUUCAACACAGGAUUUUCAGCAUAGGUACAACAUGCAACCACUCAGCCCAUCUAAUACAGGAUAGCCCAAACUAGCCAACUGUUUAGAAAAGUAAGGGCAUCUCGGAGAAACCUAUAAGCAUGUCACAGGACUAGACAGUGUACAGGAAGGAUGUGCCUCAUGACCAGGGAAUGCAGAACCAGCGGUCACAGUCUAAGCCUAUUGGGGAGGUUAUGUAGGACUGAGACAUUGGGGAGCCUGUGGAAUUCACUGCCUCAGAAAGAAGUUGAGGACAAAAUCUUGAAUGUUUAAGAAAGAGCUAGAUACAGUUCUUAGGGCUAAAGGGAUCAGCAAGUAAAACGGGAAUAGGUGACUGAGUUGGGUGAUCAGCCAUGAUUGUAUUGAAUGGUGGAGCACGCUCAAAGGGCUGAAUGGCCUAAUCCUGACCCUAUUUGCUUCCCUAGAUCACUUUCACAUUUGGCCCCAAUUUAAUAUCUGGCUGGCUUGCUAUUGGGGAACCCCUGUGUCUAGCACAGUGGCCUUGGUGAGGUGGCUGGGGCGGCAUCUUUGCAAAGGGAAAACGUUGUGUUUGAUGGGCCAAAUGUCCUGGGGGGCAGGCAUCAUGGGAGAAUGGACUAGCCAGUGUGGCGGGCACCUAACCACUUCGCACACCCAGGUGCUGGGCAGUGCGAGAGGUUUAACAAUCUCCGGCCUUCCCAGUGCUUCCCAUGACUUAUGACCCUUUUAAACAGCAGAUGGCGGGGAGCAGAGCAAUGGCAGGUGAUUUGAUUAUUACCUGCUAGCUCAUAAAACCAUCCUUACUCUGAACACGAGCUUUCACAUAUGUAUCUGGAGAGUGGCACAUUGAAACUAAGUUGAACCACACUCUGUUCAUGCCAGCAAUAUGUUUCCUUCUGGGCUGAUGGGAUUAGCUUAGAAUGGCACUUUUGUUGGCACAGAUGUGGUGGGCCGAAGGGCCUGUUCCUGUGCUACACCAUUCUAAGUUCUUUUACAUACUACUGCCUAUAUUGUGACAGAAACGGCAGUUGAGUGGUGCACUGUGCUCUGACAUGCAGUGGGGACACCUAUCCACCUGAUGACCCAUGUUUCUCCAUUCCCAAAGGAUCUCUUGACCUCUGCUUUGAGUAUCCCUACAGUGUCUGGGCACCCUCAACCCUCUGGUAUAGAGGAACCUGCAAAUGUACCAGCCUCUGAAUGAAGAGGUAUCUCCUCAUGUUUGCCCCAAAUGGGAAACCCUUUGUGUAAAGACUGUUCUCCCUCUAGACUGUCCGGUCAGGGCCAUAGCUUUGAGCAUCUAACCCAGUGAGCUGCCUCACAAUCUCAGAUUUAUCAAUGAGAUCUCUUAUCCUCCUAAAUACUGGACAAGGGCUGACCACUUCCACCCUGUCACUCCUUACUGGAAAACCUUAUUCUCCCAGGAAUAAAUCUAAUGCAAAGGAUGAUUUGUGUAUGGAAUGAGCUUCCUGAGGAAAUGGUGGAUGUGGGUACAGUUACAACAUUGAAAAGACAUUUGGAUAAGUACAUGAAUGGGAAUUUUGGGCCCCACACCUCAGGAAGGACAUACUAGCCCUGGAGCGUGUCCAGCGGAGAUUCACACGGAUGAUCCCUGGAAUGGUAGGUUUAACGUAUGAUGAACGGCUAAGAAUCCUGGGAUUGUACUCAUUAGAGUUUAGAAGGUUGAGGGGAGAUCUAAUAGAAACUUACAAGAUAAUGUAUGGUUUAGAAGGGGUGGACGCUGGGAAGUUGUUUCCAUUAGGUGGGGAGACUAGGACCCGUGGGCACAGCCUUAAAAUUAGAGAGGGUAAAUUUAAAACUGAAAUGAGACGACAUUUCUUCAGCCAGAGAGUGGUGGGCUUGUGGAAUUCAUUGUCACGGAGUGUAGUGAAGGCUGGGACAUUGGAUGCCUUCAAGGGAGAGAUCGACAAAUUCUUGAUCUCACUAGGAAUCAAGGGCUACGGGGAGAGUGCAGGGAAGUGGAGUUGAAAUGCCCAUCAGCCAUGGUUUAAAUGGCAGAGUGGACUUGAUGGGCCGAAUGGCCUUACUUCCACUCCUAUGUCUUAUGGUCUAAGGUUUGGAGGAAUAUGGACCAGGAGCAGGCAGGUGAGACUGGUUUAGUUUGUGAUUAUGGUCAGCACGAACUGGUCGGGCCGAAGGGCCUGUUUCAGUGCUGUGUGACUCUAGAACACAACAGUCCUGCUUCUGGAACACUCUAUGAGUGAAGCGCACCUUGUCCGUGGCUGUAAUCGGACCACCUCUAGCCAGCAGACAGACACACUUUCAUGUGACCUUCGGUUUAUUGCUGAUCAUGACAAAAAUCUCUCUUCUUCCCACACACCCGACUACCUCCUUUUUUUCAAACGUGCGUGUUUUCUUUUUGCUUUUGCGCUUGUUCUGCUCCUGGAUAAAACUUUGCAUGUUUUGGGCAGCAUUUUACUGCCUUAGUCCACGUAACAUUCGCCUUUCCUGGAGAAUUAAUGGUUUGGGUUGGAGGGGGCUGGGGGUAGUCCUUGUGGUUUAUAAACGCGUAAACCCAGAACAAAUUGAGCAUCACUUAACACGGUUUAAUAUGCUUGUGAACCGAACUGAAGUAUUUUCAGCUUGACCAAAUAGCAUUAACUGUGGCAGCUGUGGACUGCACUAUCAUUGCCCCCCCGAUUAGCUGGCGUAAUGUUUGUGACCUGGCAUGAGCAACGCUCUCAGCUGGUUUUGUUUUUCCUAUUGUGCAGUCUGGGGGAGACAGCAGUCCUCAGUGAUCCUUCUCUGAAGCUGUUUGCAAAGGGCUCAUUGUAAAUAGUGUGAGAGGAGAGACAAUGUUAUCGUUUAUGAUAGUUUGGUGUGGGACAGUGCAAGGAGGCAGCGUAUAGACACCGUUGCGAUUUGUACUUGAGGAAAUUGUUCGGCCGUUGGCAGAUGUUUGGACUCUGGGUUUCUUCAGCUUUUUCAGCCCGUUUUCCUGCAUCGUUGACUCCAAGCCAGUGCUACCAAAGUUCCCAGCCAGUGUGCUUCAUUCUCAGCAGUUUGAGUGAGUGCUAAAUGAUAGUGAGCGCGGGCUGGGGAACGCACAGUCUGCUCUCCUCACUGUGAGUGAUAUGUUAAAGAGAGACUGCUUUCACUCCACUGGUGUGACCCUGAAAGACAAAACUGUAGCAGUUAGCACAUGCGAGUUUGGUUUACUGUCUCAGAGCCUCGGUUGUGUACAGAGCACCCAUGGUCAUUAACGACUCAAAUAGAGCAGAAUCUAGCCAUCGGUUGUCACAACACUGUAGUCCUUGAGCUGUUUAACCAGCAAUGGUGUUAGCGUCCUUUUUGCACACCUGCUUCACGCUAAGUAUAAGUCUGAUGUUUGUAUUAAUGGUAUGACAUCACUGCACGCUUGCUCCUCAAUGUAACCGAGAUUUUUCACCUGCUUUGUGCACAAAAUAUUAGUGAAACUGUGCUGUGAAUCUUUUGUCCCUUUAAGUUCCCUUCCAACAGCAGCUCCAUCUCUCUCUCUCUCCGAAAGCAGCGACAGAACCCAUGGAUUCAGAAUGUACCUCACCCUCCCUGGGUACGCGCUGCUUCUCUACAAUUCCCCGGGCAAGAGCUGGAACUGAACACCUGGGAAGUGCUACAAGCAGACUGCUGUUACAGGCGCUCAUCAGCCUGUCUGGUACACAGACCUGUUUAAGCUACCACCUUAUAUUUUCAGUUAGACUCACAGCACGAUGCCUUCAGGCUGGUCAGAAGUUAAUGGAACUAAGAGUUCUGAAGAGACCCGAAACGUUAACUCGUUUCCUUCACAGAUGCUGCCAGACCUGCUGACUUUUUCCAGCAACUUCUGCUUUUGUUGUUAAUGAAACUAAUGUUGUUUCAGCCCAGUUCACACAAAGGAUGUUCUUUAUGGAGAGGUGAUUAUCGGCCAAGGUGGUGUUGUCUUAAGCAGAAAGAGGGUGAGAUUUAGUGGAACCACAGGGAGAAACAACCAUGUUAGAGUGGUUAAGAAAGCAUUUUAGCACACGUCUUCAUUGCUCAGAUCUUUGAGUUGGGGUGUCAUGUUGAGGUUGUACAGGAUGUUAGUGAGGCCUCUUUGAAGUACUGUGUCCAGUUCUGGUUGCCCUCCUGUAGGAAGAUUAUUAUUAAGCUGGGGAGAGUUCAGGAAAGAUUUUCCAGGAUCCUGCUGAGAAUGGAGGGUUUGAGUUACAGCGAGAGGCUGGGUCUUUCUUCACUGAAGUGCAGGAGGUUGAGGGGUGACCUUAUGGGGAUUUAUAAAAUCAUGAGGGGCUUCGAUAGGGUGAAUGGCCGGUGUCUUUUUCCCUAGAGUGGGGGAUUUCAAACGAGGGGGCAGCCAUUUAAGGUGAGAGGAGAAAACCUUUAAAAAGGAGGGCAGCAUUUUUAUGCAGAGUGGUUCACGUGUGGAAUGAACUUUCAGAUGGAAGCAAUAGAAGUUACAAGAUUUAAAAGACAUUUGGAUAAGUACAUGAAUAAGAAAUGUUUGCAGGGAUAUGGACCAAGAACAGGUGGGUAGGGCUAGUUUAGUUUGGGAUUAUGAUCGGCAUAGACUGUUUGGACCGAAGGGUCUGUUUCUGUGCUGUAUGACUGUGACUGAACGUACAUCCUGAGUCAGGGGUGACUGCUAACAGGGUAAAGACUCCGAUUACAAUGUGAGAGGAUCCCAUGAACUAAACCACUCAAAUUUCCCGAAUUAUUUGAUCUCAGUCCACAGAGAGAUCAUAACUUCCCCUUUGGGUCAUAAUCAAUUGUUGAUAAUUCCUGGUCAGUGACCAUUCUUGUAACACAUGAACAAUGGGAGUUGGAUAGAGCUAGAACCUGGCUCACUUUGGGAGGAGGACACAGUCCAUGAGUGAAGAUGUCCCUGAACCUGAAACAAAGCAGCCUCAGGGAGAGAGACGGGGCAUGGGUUGGGGGACCGGGGCUAGCUUAUUCCUGUACAGACACCUGCAAUAAGCUUGAGCAGAGGCGGUUCAUAGAAUCCCUACAGUGUGGAAACAGGCCAUUCAGCCUAACAAGUCCACACCGACCCUCUGAACAGCGUCCCACCCAGACCCAUUCCCCCACCCCUACAUCUCCCUUGUCUAACCCACUGAACCAUCCCUGGGUACUAUGGGGAAAUUUAGCAUGGCCAAUCCACCUAGCCUGCAUAUCUUCGGACUGUGGGAGGAAACCCACGCAGACACAGGGAGAACGUGCAAACUCCACACAGACAGUCGCCCGAGGCUGGAAUUGAACUCGGGUCUCCGGCGCUGUGAGGCAGCAGCGCUAACCAGUUCCCUAAGCCUGGGAGAGUAGGGGGUGUGUGUAGUGCGCCGUUCAACGGGCCAGCAGACCCUGCGUUUUUCUUGAUGAAAUAGGGUUCUCCUGAUUCCGAGGUAAUGUCAUUAUUGCCUCAAAGGAAUAAGCCAGCAGCUGAUCUGGAAUGUUGAGUGGAAUUCAUUGGGUUUAGCCACGGAGCCAGAUAAACAGGGCCCAGUAUAAUCUAGUGUCUUAUAAUUAAAUUAAAAUGAUUCUCUUCAAUUUAAAGAGAUCCCAGAAAGGCAUUUGUACAUAACAAAUUUAAGAACACCCUAAAUUAACUUUGUAAAUGUGUAGCAUGGAGUUUGGUUAGAUGCAGUCUUAGAAUUACUGAUAGUCCAUUAGCACUCCUCACUAACAUCCAGUGUUAGGUACAUAACCCGCUGGUAGCAUUGUGUCAAUGACUGCUCUUAGCAGUUAGCUGAGUGUCAAUACUACUAGGAACGAGAGCACUUUGGAAUUUACUUCAACGCCAUCCCCUACUCUCUCCUCCCCAGCAAUUCUCAGCAGGCCCGAUGCAAGGUGGCAGAUUUCUUAUCAAUGAGAGAGAAGAGGAUGGCUAAGCUUUUUAUUAUUGAGUAUUAUCGAUGAUUACACCAGUUCUACAUAAGGAUAAGAAUGCAAAAGGAUAAGAAAAGCAGAGGGAGCAAACAAGAGAAUUCCCAUCAAUUAGGCUAGUGUUGCCUUCACUUUGGAAUUACCAAUGCUGAGCAAAAACACGAUGAUCAAAAUACUUUCGACUUGAGACAGAUUGUUCAUUUCCACGAGCUUGAAAUAAGGUUCAGCAAUCUGCUCAUUCAUUUAAAUCGUUGGUACGGGCCUUUCUUCUUAGAAAGACUAUCUUUCCAACUGUUCAUGUGCUGAAUUCAGGGGAGCCAAGCCCUGGUUUAAAAUCACAUCCUUUUGGCCCAGCCCUUUGGAAUUCUGUUUCCUCUGGCAUGAACCAAAUCCUUUUCUGCUGCAUGGCCUCUCGAGAGGGAGAAAGAAUGAUCUUGAUGAAGCCGUCCUAAACGCACAAAGCCCGAAAACAAUAAGAAGGGCGAGCAGUUGUUGAAAAGUGUUGGAAUUCUCGGCCAGUUUGUAAUCGUUCGGGUCCUUCCAGACACUGAACUUUGUCAUUUUGUGUUCUUUUAUUUUUGUGCCAGCACACUGCUAACAUCCUCCAAUAUCGAAACAGUGACUGGGUGAGUGUACACGGUUCUCAUUCGCGGAUUUGCAAUCCCCUUUCUCACAUCGUUGACAAACAUUUUGACCUGUGUGGUCCUUUCUUAAGUGAAAGAAUCUGAAGGAUUUAUUUAUGACAGUAACAACUAUCUGAUGUCAUACACUUUUGAAAUAACUUUGAGUGUAUUAGCAUAAUUAUUUUCGUAUGUAUAUUGUCUUGUGAACUGCUGUUGAUGGACUUGUAAACAAUACAUAAUUUAUUGAUGUCAUCCUAUUGUCAGAUAUUUCUGGUUCUGUUUCCACUAAGAUGUUAAAAUUAUGUUUGUAAAGAAAUCUUGCAAUGUAUUUAUUGAAUUAAAAUUAAAAAUUUCUUA